CGGCAUGAUCCGCGGCGCCUGGAUGUACCCCCGCGGGGGCGCCGGCGGCGGGGCGGUGUGCUGCGCGCCGCGCCGCAGCGACAAACCCGUGGCCGACCCCGAGCGGGCGCAGAAAUGGCGCCUGUCGUUGGCCUCCCUCCUCUUCUUCACCGUGCUCCUCUCCGACCAUCUGUGGCUCUGCGCCGGGGCCAAGCUGCGCGCGCGGGAGCGGAGCGGCGCGGGGAGGCCGCGGGGCCGAGCGCCCCGAGCGCUGCAGGAGCCGCCCGCCGGCAGCUGCGAGGCGUUCCUGGGCAACCUGAGCCGCGCGCCGGGCCCCGCGCCGUGCCCCGCCGCCCGCGCGGACCUGGACUCGGCGUGCGCCCGGCUGCACUCCCUGCAGCGCCUGCUGGGCUCCUUCGCCGGCGUGCCCCUGCGCUCGCCGCCCGCCACCGCCCUCUUCUCCUCGCCCUCCUCCAAGAGGAACUUCUUACAGGCGUACUUUAGGAACUUCAACCUCUCCUUUUGUGAUACUUACACGAUCUGGGACCUGCUGCGGGAAAUGGGAGGCCCGGACAGCUUGGAUUGCAGCGUGGAGAACCUGAUGGUGGAUCUGGUGGCGGCGGCGGCGGGCGCGCUGGGCGGGGAGGCGUGCAGCAGCUGCGUGCAGGCCUACCAGCGCCUGGACCAACACGCUCAGGAAAAAUACGAGGAGUUCGACCUCUUGCUGGAGAAGUACCUGCAGUCGGACGAGUACUCGGUCAGAUCCUGCGUCAGAGACUGCAAGGCUGUCUACAAGGCCUGGCUGUGCUCCGAGUAUUUCAAUGUGACACAACAACAGUGCCGACACCGGAUCCCAUGCAAGCAAUACUGCCUGGAGGUGCAGACCAGGUGCCCGUUUGUGUUACCGGACAACGACGAGCUGAUCUAUGGAGGCUUGCCUGGCUUCAUCUGCACGGGGCUGCUGGAGAGCCAGCUGCCCGAGGAGGAGGCCAAGUGCUGCGAGGUGCAAUGGGACUCCUGCGACCACCCCCCGGACAGCAGCUCCGACACAUCCCCCAAAUCCACGGCGUCAGAGUCGCUCCAUUACCACCGCCACGACCCCCACCUCCAUCACCAGCGGCAGAACCACUACCACCUCUACCACCACCACCAGUACCACCACUCCCCGUCCUUGCUGCCGGUCUCUGCAGGGUCUCGCCUGGGCAGCAGCAGGAUCCGGCUGUGCGUGCUGGUUCUGAUGCUCCUCCACACCAUGGUGUCUUUCUCGAGCGUGCACAGCGGCGGCGGGGGGCUCGGCCCGGAGGCCCUGCCCGCCCCGGACGAGAGCGUGGCGCGGGACGAGUGAUGCGGAGGGCAGAGCCGACCUCCGAGAAGAAACGCCAGAUCUUUUUCCACGAAGGGGGGCACAUGCUAUUCCUCCAAUGGGAGGCACGGGAUUGGGGGUGACGCACACACACACACCCCCGCACAUACCCCCAAGAGCUGCUCGCCGCGGGGCAUCCCCGUGAUGAAGAGUCUCUAAUGCGCACAGGGCUGCGGGACUCGGCGGUGAGAAGGGUUCAGUCAGCAGCAGCCAGGCGGCUCGGCGCGGGGCGGGGUGGGACAGGGAGCAGAGGGGACGGGACCCCUCGGGGGGUGGCCCCAUGGGUACCACGUGUGCCUUGGGUACCCACCAGCUACGUGCCAGGAGCGUGGAAAUCAGCCUAACCCCCAUUUCUCCUCUGUCCAUAAAGCCCAGCACGCUGUGGUCCCAAAUGGGUGGGAGGGUAUGAAGGCAGCACCUCUCUGCAAAUCCUUCUCUUCUCCUCCCAUCCCUGGGGAAAACCCAGCAAGGCAAGGCAGCCCCUGCACGGCCUGGCCGGGAUCCUUCUGCUGCUGGUGGUGCUGGCGGGACUGGAGGAUGCAGUCCUAUGGUGCUGGUGGGGCUGGUGGGGCAGGAGGAUGCUUCCCAUCAUUUUAGUGGGGUUGUUGGGGCAGGAGGAUGCUUCCCGUGGUUUUAGUGGGGUCGGUGGGGCAGGAGGAUGCUGCACUGUGGUGCUGGUGGGAUUGGUGUCACUUGGCCCGGCGCUCCCCACAUUGCAACGUGAUGGUUCCAUUUACCACCUCUUGCUUGCUUUCCCCAUGGGAAAGGCUGCUCUCGGGGAGGCGUUAGGGAGACGUGGUGGAGCUGAGGGUGUCUUCAGCUUGCAGUGGGAUCAAGGCUGGUAACAAUUGGAUGAAAGGCUUCAGAGGGCAUCCUUCCAUGCUUCACGGCCACAAAUCAUCUACUGGAUGGCAGAAGGACUGGGCAAAGGGCUGGAGAAAUCUGGCUGGUAGGGAUGGUCUCCCACACAGAGCAGAGGCGCUAAUAAGGCCCAGCUGGGGAAGGGAGUUCUCCCAAAUGCUUUUUAUCAAUAGAUGCCCCCAGAUCAGAGAACAUUGAGGAGCCCUCCCGGGGCAGCGGCGCUCGCUGGGGCAAGGUGCAGCCUCAAGCGAUGCAGACUUUUUAUACCUGAGUUCAGCAUUUCUGGGCAUUCGGCCCCAGACAAGCACCAGGUCCCUCCUUACCACGAAGCUCCCAAAUUCUCCACCCCCCCACGGGGCUCUGCGGGCAGCACGGAGGAGGUGGGGAAAAGGGCUGCGGGCAGCUGCAGGGUGCCAUGGUCACAGCACGGGUGCACACCUGCUGCUUCCAUCCCUGCCCCUUCGGGUCAGCCCAGGGUUAGGGUUAGAGUUAGGGUUAGGGGCAGGGUGGCCCUGUGAAAGGCAUGGGGAUUGUCCUGCUGCACCCAGACCCAUCCCAGGGCCCCGUGGAGCAGUCAGGAGGUUCAGGGCCGGGAGCAUUUCUGGCUCCUGGUCUGGUGAGGUGAAGCAAAGCCGAAUGCAUGGUGCUGCUUCUGACCAGCUGGAGGAGGGCAGCCCAGGAACCUUGCAGGAAAGGCUGUUCCGAAUGUUUCCAGCCCAUUCACAGACCAAAGAGGCUCUGAAAAGCAGCUGAAAGUUUGACUUCUGCUUUGACUCCAACCUCAGAGCUCUGGGGAGAUGUUUACACACUACCAGUUACCUGUUACCAAAGUCCUGCGGAUGCAGAGCCCAUGGACUUGUUGUGCACGGGCUGGCGGGUAGGAGAGCUCGUGCUCGUGGAAGGUGCGGAGCAUUUCCCAAGCAGAUUCUAUUGCUGUUGCCACCCAGGAUGGAUAGGUAGGGCGAUUCUUGCUUGAAUAUUCACAGCAGCAUCCCUGUGCUUGCAGUGUAGUUUACACCGAGCUGGGAAAUGAGACGUGCAACAGCUCAGCAAACAGGAGUGGGGCCGCUCCAUGUGCUGCGCUGCUGCAGCACGGCGUUGCGCACGGCUCUGGCAAAUAGCAAAGGCACCCAGCAAGAGCAAAGGAGGGAGAGCAGCCACGGCCCUGCCUCCCGACAGCCGUGUCCCGUUCCUUCUUAAGGCAAUCAGAUUUUUCAUGUACUGCCAAGAGUGGAGCUGAUCCCAGGCGCCUCUCCCCGAGAUAGGCUGCGUCCAAUCUGGGGGGAAGCGUGGCCCCGCGCGGUGCGUCAGCGCACGGCCCUGACUCAGCCCUGCUCUUGGUCUGCCCGCAGCCUGCUGGAGGUGCCAGGCCCCCACCCCACAGCUACACUGUGUGACAGCAGCGGGGACAGCUCGGGGACACCGCGUUUGGGUGCAGGGAUGGGGACCCCGGGCAGGGAGCAGCUCAGGGUGCCGCCGCGGGGGGCCGCGGCUUUACCUAGUGUGACUGCGAGGAAAGUGCUGAGUCUUCACAGAGCGGGGGCUGUUGGAAGGAGCUCUUUUAUUUAGCAAGUCUGGGCUGCUGUCAAUAAGUUCUGUGGUUUUCGGGCACCAUAUGCUGUAUUCAACACUUUGCCAAUGGCGUUAAACAAAUCCAGACGCGGCUGUUCGCAGAGCAGGACGGAGCAGCUGGGAGCGGUGCACGGCGCAGUCUGUCACUGUGGGGCCGCCGGAUAAAAACCUCCCCUCUGCCCUGACAUUGCCACCCCGCUAACCCUCCACAUCAGCUUUCCCUUUGCUAAAAGAGAGAAGCAGAAAGCAGACCCGGUGCGGGCUCAGCCGAUAACCCGUGGUUCCCCAUUGCGCAGAGCAUCCCCGGGGGAGCGCCGCCCCACGCAGCCCCAGCCUGCAGGAAUUCAGCCCACGGAGCUCCUCCUUUCCCUUCUCUCACUCAUCUGGUUUCUUCCCCCGGCGCUGGGGGCCGGGAUGAUGCUGCAGGGAGAGGUGGCCGCGGCCACGGCCCGUCUGCUGCGCCAGCCCUCUGCUUUGCGCUUUAAUGUCGCUGCCAGUUGUACAAAUUAAUUAAAAAUAACUGAAGAAAAAUCCCAAAGAAAG